UUAAGCUUCAAACCCAAAAAUACAAACUCACUCAAAACACAAUUAAUUUAGAGAGAGAGAGAUCGGAAAAAUGGGUGCUUCCUACCAAGAAUGUUCAUCAUUGCUUCUUCAAAAUCUCAAAGUGACGAUCAAAGAAUCAUAUCUCAUUUUCCCAUCCGAAGAAACUUUAACCCAUGAGAGCAAAUCUAUGUUCUUGUCCAAUGUCGACCAAAUUCUCAACUUUGAUGUCCAAACGGUUCAUUUCUUCCGACCUAACAAAGAUUAUCCUCCGGAGAUUGUGUCGGAGAUGCUGAGAAUGGCGUUGGUGAGAGCAAUGGACGUUUACGAGUUUUUGGCCGGGAGACUUCGCCUGAACCCUAGCUCUGGAAGACUGAAUAUUGACUGUAACGGUGCCGGAGCUGGGUUUGUAACGGCUGAGAGUGAGUACACUUUGGAGGAACUUGGAGAUUUGGUUUAUCCAAAUCCAGCUUUUGCUGAACUGGUUACAAGUCAGCUUCAAUCUUUGCCUAAAGAUGAUCAACCAUUGUUUGCUUUUCAGGUGACAUCAUUCAAGUGCGGUGGAUUUGCAAUGGGAAUCUCAACAAACCAUACAACGUUCGAUGGACUUAGUUUCAAAACAUUUCUAGACAACUUAGCCUCUCUACUAAGUGAUAAGCCCUUAUCAACACCACCUUGCAACGACCGUACUCUUCUCAAAGCUCGUACUCCACCACGUGUCACAUUCCCACACCACGAGCUUGUCCAACUCCAAGACUCGGACACAACAGUCUUCGAAGCCACUUCUGAGCACUUAGAUUUCAACAUCUUCAAGCUAUCCUCUCAACAAAUCUCGAGGCUCAAAGAGAAGGCCUCGGAGAGUGUUAGUAGUGUUUGUGUUCGUGUGACGGGCUUCAACGUCGUUACCGCUUUGGUUUGGAGGUGCAAGGCACUCUCUUUAGUAGAAGAAGAAGAGGUGGAUGAUCUUGAAAAAGAAUCAACCAUUCUUUACGCGGUGGACAUCAGAGGGAGGCUGGAUCCUCAGCUUCCCUCUUCGUACACGGGAAACGCGGUUUUAACGGCGUACGGAAAGGCGAAACGAAAGGCAUUGCUCGAAGAACCGUUUGGGACGAUUGUGGAAAUGGUAGGAGAAGGUGCAAAUCGGAUAACGGAUGAGUAUGCCAGAUCCGCUAUAGAUUGGGGAGAGAUGUACAAAGGGUUUCCACAUGGGGAUGUUUUGGUUUCAUCGUGGUGGAAACUGGGAUUUGCGGAGGUUGAAUAUCCAUGGGGAAAGCCAAAGUAUUGCUGUCCCGUUGUGUACCAUCGGAAAGACAUAGUUUUGCUGUUUCCAGACAUUGAUGGAGAUAGUAAAGGUGUUUAUGUCUUGGCUGCUUUGCCUUCUAAGGAGAUGACCAAGUUUCAGAAAUGGUUUGAAGACACCCUUUGCUGAUUUCUCCUUGGCUUCACUUUGCAUUGGUAUUUUCUUAGUUCUACUAAGUACUACUUCAUUUUAUAAAAGAGGCAAAGGUGAACGAUCUGGUGUAAGAGUAAAACCACAUAAUGCAUGUUAACCCAAGAAGAGGGAAAAAAAAGUAUGGUUUGGUUCA